AUGUCAACUUAGUAAAAAUCAUAAUCGGCUAAAUAGAUUUAAGGGAAAUCUAAAGUACAAAAUAAAUAAUCCAUGAAUUCUAAGAAACUAAAAUAAUAAAAAAUUUAAAAUCAAAAAGAAGAAUCAUUAAGAGAAAUUCUAGGCUUCUUUACAAAUUAAGUUGAUGCUAAGAAAUUUCUAAAGAAAAAAACUGCAAAAGAUCUUCUUGAUAAGGAUAUUAAUGAUAAGGAAUAUAAAGAAGAAAAAAUUUAAGAUGAAUUUCUAAAUCCAAAUGAAUUUGCAGAAGUUAAAGGAACUUAUGAUGAUUACAAUAUUGGAGAUUUAGCUAUAAUAUUUUAAAAUCCAGAUUCAGAUAAUUGUGAAAAUAAACCAAUUUCUUUCAAAGAUGCUGUUAAAAUAUAUGAUGAAAUGUUAACUGUGAUGACUGAUGAAGUUUCAAAAUCAUAAAUGAAAAAAGAAAGAUGUUCAUUCUUAUUAGCAUUUUUAACUUUAGAUGAUUAUGAAGAUAAGAAAGAUGAAGGAAAUUAGAAGAAAAAGAAAAAGAAAAAUUUAAAGAAAGAAGAUAAAUAAAAAACAGUGAAGACUUUAUAAACAGGUACAUAAUUUGGAGAGGAAAAAGAAUAGUUAUAAAAAAAAUAGGAAAAAACAUCAUAUGAUAGAUAUCUAGAUUUCUUAAGAAUGUAUAAAAAAUAAGAAUAAGAUUAAAAAUUAUAAGAGGAUGAAUAAAAGAAAGGUGGAGAAGUUAUUUAAUAAAAGAAAUAAGCAUAUUUAGAUGAAAUUGGUAUAGAACCAGAUAAAAUGGAAGUUAAUCCAAAUAUGGUAUUAGAUCCUAUAAAAGAAUUAUAAAAAGUAGAUAUAAGUGAUACUUCUUAAUUUAAAAAAGUAAAAAAAAAAUGGUGUUAAGGUUAAUAUUUAAAGAAGACUAAAAUUGAUGAAUUUCAAGAAAAGUAUGAAUGGACAUGUUAGAAUACUCCUCCAAAAGAUUUUCUAACAUUAAUUAGAUUUACAAUAAUGGCUAAAUUGUGUAGAAAUGGAUUUUUACAUUGUAGAUAAUUUAUUAAUGGUACAGGAGAGUUAAUUUUUCUUAUUUUAAAAAGUAGUAAAGAAGUAGUGAAAAGAUCANUAUAAUGA